AUGUACGACACCCUGUUCUCGAUUCGAGAUAUUGCCCAAGGGCCCAUGGUCCGCGUCGACCAAGGAGGAUUACUCGAACCCGUCACGGCGAGAGAAAUGCUUGAGCAAGCGGUCGAUUCAGCUACGGAGGAUUGGGGUAUGAAGAUAGCGCUCGGGGAUUUCACCAAGUCCGACUUGGAAACCUACUUCGGACGCGGCAAGUUGGAUCUCAUCCUUCUGACUGUCCUUUCCGACUUCUUAGCGUCCUUCGACAACGACCAGCAUCCCGCUUUGCGGAGGUCGGAGGAACUGAACAUGCAAUACGAGACGAAGCUUGAGGGGUCCGUUUACGGGCCCUUUGUUAAGGUGCACCUCGAUGGACGCACGGAUUACACCGUGUUCCACGGACCACCAGCCGAUUUCAAAGCCAAUUUCGUCUACGUCGAGGCCAAGAGGGAGGGUACAGUCUCUUGCGGAGAAUACGAACUUCUUAGUGCUAUGGCAUUAGUUCAAAGAAAGAGGUAA